GGGGGAAACGACAGGAAACAUAGCAAAAAAGUAGAGACACAGUGACAGUAGCAAGUGAGAAACUAAGGGACCUGUCUUGACCACCACACACACCUCGUAUCCAAAUUCUCUUUUUAUUAAUCCAUUAGUUAAUCAUAUCUCUAAUUAAUUUACUGAUCAUAUUCAAACACAAGAAUAAUUGUAGCUUAUAGAUCACAACAAAAUCAAAGCAACUUCCUUUGUUUAUUUCUUUACCUUUCACUGUCUUUUUCUCGUUUUCCCAGUCUAAAAGAUUGUUUCUUUUUUCAAUCUUGAAACAUAAAUCUCUCUAAAUAGUAGUUUCUUUAUAUUAAUUCCUAUUUGGUAUUACAUCUUUUUGAAAUUGGCUUACUAUUAAUAAAUAAUGCAAGCUGCUCAACCAAUUACUAAUGGAGUUGCUGAGGUUUCUUCAGAGACUGAGCCAAACCUUGGGGAAUUUUCCAAUGGAGAAGUUUCAAAUGCAGGACUAAAUGCUAGGCGCUCAGAUCUUUUAGUUAAAGUACCACCUAGACCUGCAGGGUUUGGCACUAGUAGGAGUGGGAAAGGCUUUACGCACACUCAAAAUUCAAGUAAAGGUAGUUCAUCAUCAGGUGGCUUUUUGCGGGCCUUAAGCUUCAAGAACAAGAUUUCUGUGCCUGAUGCAGAGAGUAGCUUUCUCCUCAAUUCAGACGCUAAGACAUCUCCCGAUAGUCCUGUUCUUGCAAAUCUUAGAGCUGCAUUUUCUUGGCAAAGAUGUACAUCUCUUCCCGUUACACACGCAUCAAAUUUGUCACCUUCAGUUUCCACGCCUGUUUCAGCAAGAUUGCCUGGUGAAUCUAUCAAAGCAAGUAAAGGAGCUGUCCAGGGAGCUGUUUCUAGGUCCCUUUCUAAAGUAAUUGUGAGAUCUGUUUCUUUUGCUUCUCGCAAUGAGAAUGUUCCGGCAACUCCCAAUGAAGAUCAAAUAUCCUCCGCGCCAGCAGAAGUUGAGGAUGAAGAAAUCCCUGAAGAGGAAGCUGUGUGUAGGAUCUGUUUUGAUGUAUGUGAAGAGGGAAAUACGCUCAAAAUGGAGUGCAGUUGCAAAGGCGCUCUUCGACUUGUACAUGAAGAAUGUGCAAUCAAAUGGUUUAGCAUAAAAGGAAACAAGAACUGUGAAGUAUGUGGGCAAGAGGUUAAGAACUUACCUGUAACAUUACUGCGGGUGACGAGCUCUGCUCAAAUAUAUAACAGGCAGGACCAGAGUCAGCGACGAUCGAGGUCUCAAGCAAUAAGUGUCUGGCAGGACUUUGUAGUGCUCGUCAUAAUUAGCACCAUAUGCUACUUCUUCUUCCUGGAACAAUUAUUGAUUCAAGAGAUGAAGACACGAGCAAUCAUAAUUGCUGCACCAUUUGCCUUUACAUUGGGACUUUUGGCAUCCAUUUUUGCUGUCAUCCUAGCUAUCAGAGAGUAUGUAUGGACAUAUGCGGCACUUCAAUUCGCUCUUGUGGCCAUUUUUGUUCACCUAUUUUAUAGCAUGCUUCAACUUAAGGCGAUUUUUGCUAUUUUGGUUUCUUCAGUUUUGGGUUUCGGGUUAGCUAUGACUCUCAACUCAUUGUACAUUCAGUAUUAUGCUUGGCGGGUUCAGGUGGUGCAGAGCCCCACUGCAGUAUAACUAGGAAACCAGCAACAGAACUGAUAUGGCCAUUAAUGAACAUCUCGAAAAUUCAGUUGCUCAAGAUCGGUGCUUCCGAGAACAUGGGAAAUUGCAUUACUCUUGUCCGUUUUGCUAUCAAAAAGAGAGCAUCAUGUUUUCCAUCAGUCCGCUUUAGUUGUAGAAUUGUGUUCAAUCCGCAAUAGAUGAAAGGUUUUAUCUUGGAUUUUCAUUUGUUUGUUAAGAAUUAACUACAAUUUGAGAUAA